AUGGCAGAAGACGAAGUCAAAAAGACGGGGGGACAAGUUGACGGUACGCUUCUAAUGCUGCGAGUUCUUCUGGUCGCGGCUUAAUAUUAUUAUUCCCACUCAAUGGAUUGCCAAAAUCAAAACCUCAGUUACAUGGUCAGAUUUCUAUAAUGUUCGUGAAAUCUGAGCAUUUUUAGGUUUUGAUUAUGUUGCCGACUACUGAUUACUCGAUCACUUCUUCCAUUUUUUGUUCAUUAUCGUACCAUUAGUUAUUAAAAUAAUUAAGACGAGUGUACUUAUAUAUCUAAGAGCUUAUAUAAAUUUUUGGGCUUCUCUUUGUCAAAUGUGUACUUCUUGCCUAAAACAAAGAAGUCAUCUCACGUUUAGGUUAGAUUAAUACUACGUUAAUUAAAGUAUAGUAACUUAGGAACCUUAAGCAAGGAUUUUUGGGUGCUUAUAGUAUUUUAAAUGCAGCAUUAUCAAAGGUUCGUGUCACUUCCUGUUUCAAAGAUGAUUUGCACGUGUGUAUCAGUAGGCUCUUUCUCACUUUCUUCUACAAUGUGGGUACUUUCCUCUCUCUGUUCUUUUGGGGGAUCUACCCCUGGGGCCAUCCUAGGUGUGGUAUGCAUUUCCCUAGUAUGAAUUUCAAAUACGGUUGUUUCACAUUUUCAGGAUCUAGGAGUAGGCCAUGUCCCUGUUGGUAUUUUACCCAUCUUAUUGUUGUUUGUCCUCACUUCAUCUGCCUUAUGUGACUGUUUCAGGGCCAUGUCGCUUGUCCGAAUUUUACCAUAAAAGGUCGUCACCCUUGGGUUUCUCGGAAUCUAACUUUAGGUGCACAUGUCCAAUGCCCAAUGUUUCACAUUAUUAUGUUGCUAAUUCUUUAUGCUCAAUAAACUAGGGUAUCUAAAAGAUAGUAAUGCUGCGGCACAUUCUGUUGAUACUGGCAUUCGUUAGGCAGUGAGACUUAAAAGAAUCAAAAAUGACAUUGAAUGUCCUAUUUACAUGUUGGAAAGUACUAGAAUAAUUACUAUCAGUCUAUAGAAAGAACUCGUGGGAACGCUGUUUAGAAAAUGAUCAAGUGGUUAUCAACUCUGGUUUUCCCACAGUAAAUUGUAGGAAAUAAUAGAAAUUCAGAUUGUUUAUCCAUAUAUUUAAUAUACGGUGCACAAUAUUUUCUCUGGAAAAACAAUACUUUUCUUGCUGUUUGUUGCACUUUAUUAAGUAACAGUUGUUUAGCUAUAUAUUUAUAGAAAACAACAACACAAAAAACGGAAAAAAAAAAGAAAGUAGGAAUAAAUAAUUUGGUAGGACUCGAACUCGGCACCACCGACUCGACGCGACUACACCUAACCACUACACCACAGAGGCUGAUUACGUAAUUCCUGGGAAAAGUGUUUCAUUUUAUUCCUUUUCUAUAAAACAUCCGCCGGCAAGAUGAUCGCCAGCCGCAUUAACCGAGCUAUUAACAGUGAAAAAACAAUGUAAACGCAUAUUCCAUGGCAAUGAAUGAGUGAAAGAACAUAAUUAUGCUUUUCAAAACGCCGAUACACGUCCUGGUCUGCAAAGUAGGACACAAAACAUGUUUUGUUAUCUCGAUUUCCGCUGUUAUUUUGAAGCAAAUGGUCAAAAUCACAUCCAUUUUCGGCUCAUACAGUUUCUUAAGAAUAGCAUUGCAUGACAUUUUCUCACUUUCAAAUCACCUUCUAGCAAGCUGGAAUUUGUUUAUCCCCCGUGUUGCGGAGUCGAAGAGCAAAUCAUUGAAAUGAUCAUCUUCUCGUCAGGUUUAACACCUGGACGAGUCAAAGGCUCUUGAAUUGAAAUCCACUCCCCAAGUUAACCAUCGUAUUCAUCUGAAAGACUCCUGCGUGUCUUAAAAUUUGGUAAGACCUCUAACCGUGCUGUAGAACUAAGCAGCGAACGAUGCACUACUUCCCCGUGUUUUUAUUUGAGUUGUUCGUGGCGCAAUGCACUCUGGUUAAAUGCAAUGCAUUGUGGUAAAAAGUGUGGUUAAAUGCAAUGCAUUGUGGUAAAAAGUGAUGAAUUCGAGAAUUCGUCGCCCCUUAUAUAUUUCCUUUAAAUCCUGAUUAUGUUGCUGCUCGCUCCCUUCGGUCGCUCCGCAGCAAUUAAUGUCAUUUUUAUAGGGUCAGAGAGCAUCACUGUUAUGCUCCAUUAUUCAGUAUCUUUACUGUUCUUUUUCCUGAUUUUCUCACUUGACUGUCGAAACGACUUUUCUGGGGAGGUUUUAGUUUUGUAGAACUGGAACUGCUGUAAGCUGUGUUUUCAGUUUCAGUUUCAGUUUAUUUCACCACAAAAAAAAUAAUGAAACUGAAACUGAAAACAUGGUUUCCGUGUUUUUGCUUAUCUGAACAGGACCUGGUCUUCUUGUGGUAGAUUGAAUCCUAUGGUUUUAAUUACUCGACUGUCAUAAAACAUAGUGAGUCGAAGAAAUUUCGCAGUAUUAUUCCAAUAUAGUGCAUGAUUCUUUUGACUGCCAGUACUGAACACUCAAAUAUUCAGGCAUGGCCUGAACAACCCCUUGCUCCUGGGUACCAGAGGUUUUUUCUCGCGUAUGACCAGGAGUUUUGUUGGCCGCAGGCAGACACGUCUUCAGCCUGACAUGAGGGGCGAUGCUGCGAGAAAAAGCCUCCGGUGCAGAGCACCUUGAUUUACCGGUCUAGACGGGCCUUGACCUUGUCUCUAAUCUGUCAAUCAAACUGGCAGUCGCAAGACUGUUAAGCUAGUUCAAAAGUAAUUACCAAGGGAGGAAUGAUGCGCUCCAGCCCAAAGAGUCACUUAAUCUUUAGAAAAACAAGCUGGAGUUUAAAAAUCAUUGCUUAAAGAGCAAUCUUGUCACAGUGCAGUUCUCCAUAAUUUAUGUAGCUUCAGUUCAAGCUGCAAUCCAUUCUUCAAAAUUAGGAUCUGUAAAUCACUAAGGAGAAUUUAACAUCCUGCAAAAACUACUAACCAGCUGGACCUAGCAUGGCCAAACACUACAGGAAACCUUCACAUUCACAGACAAAUAGAAAACAGCUUAUAAUUAUUCAGAUCCAGGAGGCACUUUGAGAAAAUUAAACAACCUAAAAGUUUAUUAAGCAGUAAUGAAGAAGUUUACAUUUCAAAAGAGGUCAAAGAAAAUUUUCUUGACCCGCGUCAGAGGGCAAAUCUUGCCAACCAGAAAUAAACUGCAGAAAAUCAAUAUGUGUGUCACGACUUCUCGGUAUGAAACAAGCAGCAAAAAUGAUGCACAUUUGCUCAGUCAUAAUCUACCCUCUGGAGAAAAAAUUAAUUGGAACUAGAAGCUUUUUGGCAUGAGGUAAAAGUCAUGUGUUGCCUACUGACCCCCUUUUUACACACUGCAUAUGCCAGGCAGUAACUGGAACUGCAGUGAUUUUCUAUAGCCAGUUGGCAAGACCUCCAUAAUUUAUGUAGCUUCAGUUCAAGCUGCAAUCCAUUCUUCAAAAUUAGGAUCUGUAAAUCACUAAGGAGAAUUUAACGUCCUGCAAAAACUACUAACCAGCUGGACCUAGCAUGGCCAAACACUACAGGAAACCUUCACAUUCACAGACAAAUAGAAAACAGCUUAUAAUUAUUCAGAUCCAGGAGGCACUUUGAGAAAAUUAAACAACCUAAAAGUUUAUUAAGCAGUAAUGAAGAAGUUUACAUUUCAAAAGAGGUCAAAGAAAAUUUUCUUGACCCGCGUCAGAGGGCAAAUCUUGCCAACCAGAAAUAAACUGCAGAAAAUCAAUAUGUGUGUCACGACUUCUCGGUAUGAAACAAGCAGCAAAAAUGAUGCACAUUUGCUCAGUCAUAAUCUACCCUCUGGAGAAAAAAUUAAUUGGAACUAGAAGCUUUUUGGCAUGAGGUAAAAGUCAUGUGUUGCCUACUGACCCCCUUUUCACACACUGCAUAUGCCAGGCAGUAACUGGAACUGCAGUGAUUUUCUAUAGCCAGUUGGCAAGACCUCCAAUUAAUUGAAUAUAAUUUACAAUGCCCUUUCUUAUUUCUGCACUUAUCUCCUCCACAUCAUCGAAUAUUCCAAUGACUUCGGCUAAUUGUCUUAUCUAAAUCUCCCGUUCGUACAGGUAUCUGAUAUUUCCAAUUAUCUUCCAAAAAGCGAAAACGUAGGUGAUGUGUGCUUAGAUUGUUUGGAUUUGAUCUUUGUCAUCUUCAAACCACCCAUGUCCUGAUCAUGCGCCUCUUGAGAUUGUAAUCCAAUCGGAGCAUUUGAAACAUUUGAUAUCUCCACGGAACAAGCAAAACAUAUCUCCAAGCUUAACAUCUAGAUUCUGGAUGUUUUGGUAUAAGCAGGGUUAUAAUUUGCCUGGUGCUAUCAAAGGGAUGGCGCUCUGGUCCAGAGACUUUUCAAGCGGGUCACUUUUUAAGACUUAACCGAAACCAGAAACCACGCAUGAAAAGCCUCUGGCACCCAGGGUAACAACCCUCUUGUCUCUAGCUGAUUCUUAUAACACAGAUGUUAUAUUCUUAACAUCAUGAGCCUUUGCCUCCUUCCCUCCCCCCUAAAACAUGAGCCUAUCCCCCUUCCCCCCUUAAAAAACGACUUUCCCAGAAUAAUACAGGCGAGGCACUUUUAUCUCUGAACUUUGGAAACUUUAACUUACCUUGAACUUUGCUACAUAUAUUGAUGUACUGCUCGGAAUUUGCACAGCAAAAAAAAUCGAUAUUCAGGGGUAAAACUUUUAAUUCACCCCUUCCAAACUUAUGAUGCACCUAAUACCUUUCUUGACAUUUUUUCAGUACAUGUACUUCCCUGAAUUAUUAUUUGUUUGUUAUAAAUAGUUAUUUUUGUGAAAAGCCAACAACAGAGAUAAGUUUUUUAUUGUUAAAGUUUCCUUUCAGUUUGUUAUUUUUUUGUGGAAAUUUUAGUGGAGUUUUAUUUGCAGUCUCAAUUACAGAAAAAAUAACCUGGUUGUAUUAACUUCAUGCAUUCUCUUUCUUCUUGUAGAACUUUGCCUGGCACUUGUUGAUGCAGCCAAUGACAAGCAGCCUGAGGUGCGUGAGAUGAUCAUGACAUCUCUUCAUGAACUUGGCAAAAAACAGCCUGAAAUGGUCCUAAGUUCCAUAAAAGGAUAUCUCAUUAAGCAUCAGAAGGUACAUUGACGGCAAGACUUAUGAAAAAUUCCUUUGUCCUAUUUUUAAAUGGUGUUGCAUGGGGCAAAGGACUUUCAUACUUGAUUGGCCAGUUUUAAUGACCCAAAAUGGGUCCCUGCUCUUAGGCCAAUCAGAGUAGCUCUUUGGGAACCAUAGGGAAAAAGUUAUCAAGCACGAUUAAUUAAAUGCAUUGAAACAUGACUUGCUUUUAUUUAAAACUCCCACAAGAUAUUGAUUGCAAAAGUAUUAAAGGAUCUAUAUAUCUGUAUAAGGGUCUAUAAGCACCAUGAUCUAAUAUUGUUGGUUGAAGUCAGUGCAUGAUCAUAUUUUUGAGUCCAUCACAGGUUAUCCAUUCAACAUAACUUUAACCUUCACAAAUUAUUAAAUCAUAGCAUAAAAAUUCCACCCACCACCCCACCUUGAACCACAGAUGGGGGUAGCAUAUUGCUUUUUUGUCAAAGGGUUAACUCUCCUCAGACAUACAACCUACAUGUAUUUGUUGUGAAUUUAUGUGUAAGGAUACUUAAAAAAUUUACAAUAUCUAACUUGCAUUUCUUUAUAGCUCAGUCAUGGCCACAGGGUUGUUCUUCUAAAAUCUGCGUCAAAGGUUAUUGGUGAUACAUUAAGCACUCUCUCGCUGGGCUUGGCAAAGCAAUUGAUCAAGCUGGCAUCUGGAGAAAUGACAAAGAGCAAGGUAUACUUAUUUAUUAACCCUCUAAGCCCCAAUAUCCACAUACAAAUUCUCCAAACUGAUCUCUAGAUAUUUCCUUAAUGAAUAUGUUGAGAGAAUUUGAUAAAUGAUCAAGGCAUUUUCUCUUAGGUGAUCAUUUCUUUAAUUCUCGUAACCUAAUCGCUUGACAGUGUAUGGAUAUCAUUAGGAGAAAAUUGAUGUUGGUCACUAUUACUUACUUACUUACUUACUUACUAUUGGGACUUAAAGAGUUAAUAGUGAUCUCAGACUACCUGUUUAUUCUAACCUGGAUUACUUUCAGCCUACAUGUAGACCACUUGCAAUCUUAUACAGCAUGGAUCAUUGCAAAAUUAUACCUUCCCACCAGCUUUUGCCGAUGAGUGAAGAAAACAGGAGCUUCUAUCCAUUUAUUAGCUUUCGACUUCAGAUUGUAUGGUGUUUAUAAAUGUUAAAGCAAGGAUUUCCCUUUUUACUGGGCUGCCUGUGGGAGGCCCAGCCAUAAUUUUGGUUUUCAGUCAUCUACGUAGAAAAGCGAACACCCGGGGGAGGGAAGACACGAGGUCUGGGAAGGAGAAAUGAUGUUCUCACAACUUGUUUCAUACAAUUUUCCUUACCCGCAAUACCUUACCCGCCUCUAAAGUGUCUUUGCAGCUUGAAAAUUAGUCUCCCAGCUGGCUGCGAAGAAGACUAUUGAAGAAGACUAGCUUUUCAUUUUAAUAUUAUUUUCCUUAAUGCCAAACAUGCCUAAAUUUAGGAUAAGAGAGAUAAGAACCUGAGAGGGGUGUCUGCUUUACAUUAGUGUCUACCUUACAGGGUUGUCUGUCAUACAGUGAUUUCCAUGUUACAGGAGUGUUCACCUUUAUAGUGAUGUUCAUCUUACAAGGGUGUCCAUCUUACAGGGUUGUGUAUCUUAUGAGGGUGUUUGUUCUUUACAGUUAUAUCGCCUUACAGGGGGCAUUCCCAAUGGAGUAUCUGCCCUACAGGGGUGUCCACCUUACAUUGGUGUCCGGUCUAUGGGGUGUCCACUUUACAGGGGUGUCUAUAUUAACAGGGUUUCCACCUGAGAGGGGUGUGUCUUAUAGUGGUGUCUGUGUUACAGGGGUGUGUGCCAUGCACUGGUGUCUACCUUUAGGGAGUGUUGAACUUAAGGUGGAUUUCCAUUAUUGCAUAAUUUUUAUGUGCAUACACAUGUAAAUUUUACUUGCGUAAGUAAAAACUGUAAAUAAGUUGAACCUUGCUCAACUUAUACUUUUAUGCUUGGCCUUUCAUACAAUGCCUCUAUUUCAUUUCCAUCUGCAUGGAAAAGUCAUACGACAGUGGAAAUCAUAUCCCUUAGAGGAAUGCCUACCUUACAAAGUGUCUGCCUCACAGGGGUGUCCACCUGUCAGUGGUGUCCACUUUACAAGGGUGUCCAUCUUACACGGGUGUUGUCUGCCUUCUGGGGAUAUCAUCCCUGAAGGGGUAUUUUUCUUACAGGGGCAUCCACUUUACAGGGGUUUACCACCUUACAUAUGGCUAUUUGUUUUAGAAAGGUGCCUGCCUUAUAUUUAUCUCAGUUAGAAAAUAAAAAUGUUACUGCAGUUUACAGUCAUAAUUAUCUUUGGUAGGAUGUUGAGCCUGACUGGCAGUCGUCAGCCUCAGAAGUGUUAGUUGCCCUGGGCAAAAGGUUUGAUCAUGAGGUUAUGGCUGAACUCCUGGAAAAGCUAGCUCCUGGGUCGUUGCCUCACUACUUUGUUGUACAGACACUUGCAUCCUUCUCCAGUUCCAAUUGUGAGUUAACGGUGUAUUUGUGCUGCUUUAGUUUUAUGAAAACAAAAUAGUGUUAAAGGGUUCAGUGUGUACUACUGAGUCAUGGUUUCACAUAUGAGGUUGAGGACUUCCCUCAGUCCUACAUUUGCAAUGCAUGUGAAACCUGCCAAAUAACUGAAAGGAGGAAUUUGAAGAUCUUGCUUCUUGUCACAGAUCUUGAGUGUAGAACCCUAGCACUCACCACAGAUGCAGAAGCUAAACUCUGGUUAAGUCUGUCUGCAAAACAGUAUCUAAAUCUUUGUCCUGGGCCCCCACAUGCAUGUGUACCAGUAUUUGAGUUUGUGCCUUGAUAGGCCUGUUAAAAAAGCCAUUUUUGAUUUGCCAAUCAGGUUGAAAGGAAGCUCAAAACAUGUACUUCUGGUAAUUGUCGAGUCUGUCAGUGGCUUGGAACAAGGAUGUUGGCGCUGCUUGGCAGACUUUACCAACCGUUGUCAAAUUAUGCCUGCGAUGCAGGCUAGUAGAACUCCUGAACCUUAAAAAUCAAAAUAAUAUCUCACUUUAUGUCAAUCUUGUUGUCUGCAGCCUUUGGUGUUGUUCCUUUCCUUAAAGACAUUCUUGGUCGCAUGUUGCCAAUGAUGGGAAUGGCCAAACAAGACAACUUAAAAUGGGUGAUAGCUAACUGUAAGUACUCUAACAUGACAAAGCAAUGUUAUCAUUUAAUGGUAAUGUUUGCUGUAAUGGUGAUAAUUAUAGAUGAUGAACAGAUAUUAGUUUUUAAAAUGGCAAUUUAAGCGGAAAUUGAUGUUGAUGAUUGUAGCCCAGGGGAGGGGUGGGUACUCAAGGAAGUUUUAUACAAGCUCGGGCUCUGCCUUUGUAUAGCCGAAACCAUGACAGACUUUCCUACCCUUUCAAAUACAGUCAACCCCUGAUAACUCGAACCUUCUAGGGAAACCGUAAAGAGUUUGAGUUAUUGGGAGUUCGAAGUAAAAAAAACUCAGAAAUAAGGAAAUAUUAAGCAAGUGGAUGGAGAGGGGAUGCAAGUAUCAUGCACACUUCACUUCACUAGCGGCAGCAAACGGGAAUUAAGCAAGAAAGCUUCAUUAAUACACACGGCUGGACACUGUAUUUGCACUGGAGCAAUAAAAAAGUAAAGACAAAGAAUUGGCACGGUUGUUUUGAAGUAAAUUCAGUGUUUUGGACAUCAGUAAAUUUUUUUUUCUAUUUGUCAUGUGCUUAAAACAUGGUUCGAGUAUCAAGGGUAAAAUUAUAUAGAAAAGAUCUGAGGGGAGACAAAAAUUACUUCAAGUUAGAGGGAGGUUUGAGUUAUCAAGGGUUCGAGUUACUGGCAGUAAAAUUAAAAUAAAUGUAUGAAGGAAAUCUACAGGAAAUCGAUUUUGGUUUGAGUUAGUGCGAGGGUCGAGUUCACAAAGGUUUCAAGUUAUCGGCAAUCAACAGUAUUUCAACAAGUAAAAUCCCUACCCCUCCAUAUAACUGAAGCCAGAAAAAGGCACCCCUUUCGGGCGGGGCCUCUCCCUAUAGGCGAUUAUAAGGAGUACCCCCUCCCCCUAGGGAUGGUAGUAGUAUACAAGUAGUAAUGCUGGAUUGUUAGGAUGGUGAUGGUUGCUGUAAAUGAUCUUAUAGAUGCCUUCUCUCAAAUGAACAUUUCUUGUCUAGAACAACUACAGCCGCUAGCCUGUUAGAGGUUGUAUUAAAUGCCCUUUGUAAUAAAUACCCCCUGUUUAAUAGAUGCCUCCACCCCCCAACAGUUAGAGACAACUCUCUGUGCUAAAUGAUCAGCCAAACCUCCCAAAUCUUUCCAAGUCAUUACACUCUGACAUCGAACCAUAGAUUAGUUAAUAGAGUGGAAUGGUUAGGAAGUUCAUUAGGCUCCUUUGGUUAUGUUUUUGUUGAUCUGACGGUGCACAAUGUUCAAUAGCAUUUGUAUUGUUGUGAUCUAUUCAAAGUAGACAGACUGCAAAUUAUCUUAGUUGCUAAAAAAUAUAUAUCUACGUGUUGCAACUGUUCAUCAGUAGGAUGCCUAAAAUGCGUGCAAUUCCACAAGUGGUUUCGGCUCCAUUAAAUCCCAUGUCGGAUAAAUUUAUUCAGUCAUAAUUUGUUUAAUAGAAAACAAAGGAUUGUAUUAGGUCUGAAGCUUCUAACAUAAACUGCAGCAUUUGUUGUCUGUAUCUUUGAUUACCAGUCUUUCAGUCUUUCAUAACCAGUCUCAUCUACUAACUGUGACUCAACAGGUUAAUAAUGACAACACAAUGACUUUCAGGAGAAUUCUCACAUCGAUAUUGUGAUUUUAAAGAACCAUAGCUCUCCAGAUACAGUAGAUGUAUCAAUGGAAGGGAUGGAUGAUCUACUGUUAAUCAACUCAUUUGAUAUUUUUGCCAAAGGCAUAUUAAUAUUAUUUUGUUGAAAUUGUUACAUUUAUGAGAAUAAAUGCUUCUCUCUUUCAAAUGCCUCCUAUUUUUUUAAUGCCCCUUAAUGAUAAAUAAUUUGUUAUAUAUAAUAACAUAAUAAUAAAUUGUAAUAAUAAUAAUUAUAAUUUAUUAUUAUAUGUUAUUUUCACUUGCAGGUCUUGCUAGGUUUUGUGAGAGUAUUGUUGACUACAUAGCAAAUGUUGAAAAUGCACCAUACCCAGAUGUAACAGUUGACAGAUUUCAUGGUGAAAUCUCUGCAGCUUAUGAUGUUCUGUUUAACGUGUGGAUCAAAUCAAAUGAACCAAAGGUGAUGAUCAUAUCAUGCUGGAUCAAAUAUUAAACAUUUCUGGGAAACUGCCCACCCACCCCUCCGCUAAGCCAACAUUAACAAUUACUUCUUACUUAGGGCAAAAUGUUAGCUCAGGGGAGGGGUAGGCAGGCAGUUUUCCACCAUGCUGUGUUAUGACACACAUUGCAAAAGUCACUGGUAAGGCCCUGUUAGGAUGAAAACCCAACCAUCGACAUGGCCUUGAAACAGUGACUUAGGACAGCAGAAAUGGUGACAAAUACAGUGGUAAAAUACUGACCGCGACUCCUAAGAGGGUCCUCACUGAUAAGUUACUUUGUGAAAGUUGUUCUAAAAAGUUGAAAAUGAAACUGAGCAAAUCGCUAUAAAUUCCUCAUUAAUUUGAUGGCUUAACAGAAAAUAAUAAUAAUAUACGGCAGCGUGCAAAGAAAGUAGUGUCCGAUAGCCCGGGGCUAGAGGAUUAUGCUAUCGGGCUAGUGAAUUCUGUUUUUAACUUGCCCGACGGGCAAGUGAUGUUUUAUGAGGAGUUUGAAUAACAGAAGAACAAAACGUUUUUGGGGCUAGUUGAAAUGACGUCUGGGCUAGCAAAUGCUAGCUUCAGCUUGCCCGAAUGGCAAGCUGUAAAAAUGCUUUUCUUUGCACUCUGAUACGGACAAGAACUUACUCAGCGCUUGCUCUGUUCAUAGCGUUAUAUCCUUGUAAAAAAGAAUUUGGUUGAAUGAUAAGUUUUUAAGCUUUACAUUCCUCAGUCCUUUUAUAAAUUCUCCUCUAAAGAAUGUUAAAACUGCAUUUCUCAGAUCUUCAAACAGUUGUUCCUGCAAUUUACCUGAUAUGUUUUGCAAGAUCUAUAACAACAGAUUUGAAGGUUUCUUCAAUAGAUGAUCUGCAAGCAGUUGGCCCUCAACUUACCUGAUAUUUUUUGCAAGAUCUAAUAACAACAGAUCUACAGUUUUCAGAAUAGAUCUGCCAGCAGUUGGCCCUGCAAUUUACCUGAUAAUUCUAAUCAUUUUUAAUAAUAUUGUCCUUACCUCAUGGUAGAAGUAUUGGACUACACAGGUUAAUUAAUUAAAAGCUCAUUGGCUUGUUAUAUUUUAUAUCAUUUUGGGCAAUCUAGAUUCGCCUUGCAGUUGUGGAUGCUGUUGGUCACAUGACUCUCAUUAUGGCUAAGGACAAACUUGAAGAGCAGUUGCCGAGGCUGCUUCCUGGAAUAACAGGUCUAUACAAAAGGCACACAGAGCACUACCUUAUUACACAGGUAAAGUAUUUUGAGCUUGCACCUUGCAUAUGUGAUAGAGGUGUUUGUUAUAAACAAUGAAAUAAUUAAGAAUGAUUUAGAGGGACAUCCACGCAGUGCUUCUUCGCCUACCUUUCCUGGUUCAAAUUGGAAAUUGGAAAUGAUGGUUUUUGAGGAGAGGGAAAAAUGGAGUACCCGGAAAAAUAACCUUUUAGCGCAAAGGAGAGAACCCGCAACAAACUCAACUCUCAUAAUGGCGUUGAUGCCAGGAUUUGAACCCCGGGCCACAUUGGUGGGAGCCGAGGGCUCUCACCUUAAUGUAACUCUUGAAGCUUCAACCAUUUCUAGUUUUUUAUACUAUUUGAAGCUUCAACCAUUUCUACUCUAAACAUUGGGAACGGAACAUCAAAUGGAACGGACCAUUUCAGUUUCAUCUGACCGGAAUAUUCGGGACCUGCUUUGAAGGUGGUCCACUUUGAUCGGUCCGGUUAUCUCCGUCGGACGGACGAAAUGUCCCUUUCCAUUUGACAAAAUUGUCGUCCCCAGUACCGCUCUUUUGUAUCCUGCUUACAGCAACAAUAACUAAACGCGCGGUGGCUUGGGUCGGGUCUGUGCAACCGGAAUGUCCCGCGGAAGGUACCGUUCCAUUGGGUACAUAAAAUUUCCAAAAUUUCAAACCCGAAUUUUUGUUGAAUGGAAAGCGCUCAUCGUGUACCAGAUGAGCACUACCUUUUUGUUCAUAUUUUGAUGUGGUUGAAAAGGGUUUGAAUUGUUUAAGCUUGUUUAGUGAUCAUUUUCACAUGUUCAUGUUGUUGUUAUUUUAAUUCACUGAUACCAGGGUCUUUGCUUGGUGUUAGAAGCUUCAUGUAAAGAUGGUGGAGCAAUUAUCUCGCCUUUAAUUGACAAUUUAUUGGGAGGAUUGCACAGCAUGGUAAGUGCUGAAAUCCUCCGUACGUCUGCUUGGGUUUAAUAUUGAUAACUAGGUUUCUCAUUAUUUUGAUGUUCAGAAGUAUGUAUUUGGCUGUUUUCUUUCUUGGCUUUCCGUCCCUUCAUGAGUCAGGGCUGUCACUAACAGCUGAAGGCUUGGGGCUGAGGAUUUCCCCUAGGCUACUGUGAACAUUACCCCUGACUAUUGUCAUUGCUCGCUGUUUGUGCGUAAAGAACCGUAACUUGCGUGAGUGAUAUGAAGCAAAGAACACAAAGAAGUUGACAUGAUGAUAAUAGAACCUAGGAAAAUAACAGUUGUCGACUACAAAGAAAGAAAACUUCACAGCUUCUUGGACUGAAGUAAACCCAAGGAACUAGACUUGCUACGAGUCGCCCUCACGAGUUUCUUUAGCGAGCGACGAAGUCGCGAGAGGUCCUGUCCCGCGCCACAUUAAAUUGGAGGAAGGUCGUUUUUGAAAGUCUACCAAUGAACUUCUUUAUCUUUUCAGGCGUGUAACUUACCAGAUUAUUCAAAUCCAAUUUCUGUGAAAAACCACAAUGAAGUGUUGCGAUGCUUUUCUGUACUAAGUAAGUACCGUUCAAUAUUAGUACUUUCUAAUACUCUAAGAGUAUUGAAAAAUGUUAAGGUCAAAAGUACAGUCAAACUCCUUUAAUACACACACUAGGAGGUCAUAGAAAGUAUCCAUAUUAAGCGGGUUGUAUUUACGUAAAUUUGCAAUGCAAAGGUUUUUUUCCCCGGGACAAAGCAAACUGUUGGUAAUAACUAGGUGUUCGUAUUAAGCAGGUGUCCGUAGAGCGGGGUUUUACCGCAAUAGUUAAUCUUGUUAUUUAUUUUCGAGGAUGGCUUUAUUAAGUAGGAAUGAAUUGCAUUACUCAGGCUUCGUACUCUUUGGAGCUCUUCAAAUUCCAUGACAUUUCAUUACUUUUCCAUGACCUUUUAAAGUUUUUUUUUAAGACCGUAGGUUUAGCUGUCACUUUCAAAAAUUGUUAGGCCUUUCCUUGUUUUAGGGUAUUUUUGGACCUUACACAGUUCAACAGACACAAACUCUGGUGUCCACCAAAAUGCGUGCCGUUCGCGCUGUUCAAUCACUUCUCUCUUUGUUACAUUGUCAUUGCCUUGUCAUCGGCAGUAACUAAUCUGUCAAACAAAACUUUAAUUUUCCAUGACUUUCAAGGACCGACCAUUAAAUUCCAUGACUUUCCAGGCGUGAAAAAUGAAAUGCUUAAAGUCCAUGACUUCCAGGUUUUCCUUAACCUGUACGAACCCUGUUACUACAAUGUAAAUCAAAAUUGUGCGGUCAAAUUUACUUGUAAUAGCAUCGUAAUAUUCCAGCAGUAGCCUUGUGCCAAUUAAUAAGGAAUGCUUAUUGGUCUGUUGCUGACAGAGAUAUUCUAAAUUAGGCAAACUUCAAAAAACUGUUCAUUUGUUUCGAACGUGCAUGCAAAAGAUGCCCAACCGCACGUCCUUGCACAUACUGAAUCAUGUAAGAGCUCACAGAUACUAAAGAAGAGGGAGUGAAUGGAAUAAAGCUCUAAGUGUCUUUUGAUAUAAUGUCAAAUUCUCCCUUUUGUAAUAUCCACUACGCACACACCGCCAUGAUAGUUGGAACUUUUUCUAUGGUAAACAUCACGUGAUAUAGAUACAGAAUGCGUGCGAAGUUACACAGGAUACCACAUCCCUCCCUGGCAUUACAAAGUGUGUUACUCAAGCAUAGUCUGAAAUAACAACAAACAAAAUAAAGUUUCUAUGCUUUAAAGCGUUUAGUCAAGUUUGAAGUGGCUGAUAUCUCUGCAGAUUGUUCUUUCAUCAGUAGGUCGUCUGGUUGUGACUCUGGAUCCAUGUAUCUCAUGUACAUCGUAGAAUACCGGAUCGUAUGGCGUGCUCCAUUUGUUUCUUUUCUCUUGCUUGACCAACACAUUGUCACCUAGCAGAAGUCUUCCUUGUCCUGUGUUUCUGCCUUCUCUGUUCUGUAUAAUUUUCUGUUUGUACACUUCAUCUCUCUCAUCUAUGAUGUCGUCCUUCUCAGAUCUCUGCGCUUUUGGCUGAAUAUGAUCCAACUUGGUCCUUACGGUUGCUCCUCUCAUUGCCUCAUAAGGGGUGAUUCCCGUGGCUGGAAGUGGGGUUGAUCUGUAUGCAGUCAGCAUGUCCUGUAUUACAUUCUGUCUCUUUAGGCGGCGUUUUCCUUGCUGGUGCGCAAUCUGUUCAUUCUUGUUUAGCAUUUGCAAGAAUCGCUUAACUUCUCCAUUUUCUCUAAGGUUGAUUGGCGUAAUCUUGUGGUGUUCAAAUCGUUUUUCAAGAGCGAAUUCUUGGAAAUCUUUCGAACUAAAUGGUGGUCGGUUGUCGCUCUCUAUCCUCUUUGGAGUUCCAUAGGUUGCGAAUAUGUGCUUGAGUCUCUCCUUGUUGACUUUGAAAUUGGUUGAGGGUACUGCCUCUGCUACUGGGUAUCUGGUUCUUCUGUCAAUCAGUACGAGGUUGUAGUGGCCAUCUGGGUAUUUUCCACCAUGGUCGAUGGAUACUGUAUCCCACGGGUGGCUGGGAAUGUUUGUCACCUUAAUG